CGCCGAACAAAAUUUCAAAGACGCCGCCGAUAUGUUACAACUUAAAACAGUUUGCCAUAUUUUGUAUAAUUUACAGAAGACUUGCUAAAUUUAUGGAACUUUACAAUAUAAAACAAUUUUAUUUUCAUUAAAAAAGUUUUCUUUUAUCUAAAAAUAAGCAGCUCAUUGAAAUUUAGACGGCGUCAAACUUUCUUCAACGUUCGUUGUAUAUGCUUCGUCUCAGAUAUUUUCUUGUUUUACGCGCCGUCUACUUCGCUGCUACUACUUCAAACUAGCUUUGUUGAUGUCAACCAAGCUCGACCUUUUUACAUUGCUGGUUUGACAUACCGUAAAAGACUAGGUCAUCAUCGAACAUGUGUGUAUUUUAAAUGUGAAGUGCUGUUAAUGUCAAUUCUGCCGACUGCGAACAGAAAUUCUGCUACCAUAAUUUUUUUCGCGCUUUUAAUUUGGAAAAAUUAGAAAAAAUUCCAUAACAUAAGAAAAUUUACCUGAAAUUUUUUAUAGUUUUUGUGUUAAUUCAUACAGUGCCAUAUUAGUUUAAUAAUUAUUUGUUAAAAAUGCGCGUUACAAAGAAUGUAAAUAUGGGCGAAUACCAAAAAUGUGGACAAAUAAUGGUGGCGUCUAAAAGAAACAAGUUUAUCAUGUCCUGCAAUUUUUGCCGGCAUACAUUUAAACAGCUGCAGGGAUUUAUGAGACACUUGCAGUUGCAGCAUCAUGAUCAACUGGUAUUUGUUAAGCCAACGAAAGAAGUGGAAGUCUAUGCUAUAGAGGAGUUAAUGAAUCAAACUACGACAUCCUGUGCACCCGAUGUGGACAGUGAAGAGUCCAAUAUGUCCGUAGAGGACAGUAAGUGGUUGGGUGAUGAAGAUAUGAAAUGGUUGAAUGAGGGUGUCGUGCCUAAAGAUAAACAAUCAAAGGAGGAUAAAGUGAUUAAGGAUAAUAAAGCUGAAAAUGAAGAGGAAGACACCUUAGGUUUAGCCAAUAUGUCUAUUUUAAAGGCUUUGGAAGAUUGUGAUGUUUCUUUUAAUCUAAUGGAUAAGUUGAAUAGUACAACUUGUGAUGAUCAGAAAGAAGAUAAUGACGAGGAGGAUGGGGAAAAGCAAGCUGAUCUAGAUAACACAUUGUUAAGAGAAAUACAAAAUGAAUGGGAAGAUAGUGAUUCCAAUGAUAGCGUUCUAAAGAGAAUAGAUUGCAGUGACAUAAACCUGAACGUUUCGAAGCGUAUUUUGGAUGUAAGCAAUGAAGUGCAAGCUGAUGUUACCAUGACGGAAGCAAUUAUCAAUAGUAGUUGUAUAGAGGAAAGUUUAAACAAAGCAGAAGAUAAUUUUGAAACUUUAAAGGAGAAAAAUAUCAAAAAUCUAUUACAAGGUCUAGAGGAUCUGGAUGAUGUCGACAGUUUAUUGGAGAAUUUAGAAGGUAAUUUAGAUAAACAUGAAAGCAAAGAGGAAGAAAAACAUUCAAAUUAUACAGUAGAAGAAAAAACUAUGAAAAAUAACAAAUUAAGGACUGAAAAGGUUGCAACUAGCAAAAAAGUUUUAUUAAACACUAAAUUAUUGAGCAAAUCAUCUAAAAAUUUAAAAAAUAAGAAUGAAAAUUCUCAUGAGAAGGACAAUUUGUCUUACAAACUUAAUGACCAACUUGAGGGUAACAAUUUUGAUAAACGUUUAAAGGAAAUAAUGCUGGAUUUAGAGGACAAUAUUGAUUGUCAUAGUAAAGUUGUUAAAAAAUCUAAGAAAUUAACGAAAACCCAAAAAACUUCCUCAGAAAACACAAAUUUUGCAGAAAAAUUAAAACAUUUAGAGAAUCUACUUAAUGAUGAAACUCAAGAAAAUGAUUUUGGGGCAUAUAUUCCAAAAGAUAAUAAGGAGAAAUCUAAAAAUGUUAAUAGUGAAGUUUGUACAGAUUUUGAAUUACAAUUAAAGAACUUGGAGGAAACUUUAAAUGCUGAGGAAACGCAAGAAGAGGAUUCAACAAAUCCUUUACAUGACUUAAACCCAGAAGCUGAGAAUGAUGUAGGCUUAAAUGAAGAUCUAACAAAAGCUUUAGCUGAUGCUUUAGGUGAUGAUGAUCUGGAUAUGUUAAAUAUACCAGCAGAAGAGGAAAGUGAUAUAGAAGAAGCUUUAAAUCAGAAUAUACUAAAUUUGCUAGAUCAAGAGUUAAUGGAUAAAGAGAUAGAACAGGAAAUAACUGGGCCUAAAGAACAUGGUCAGCUGAAUGCUAACAAGGAAGUAAAGCAAGCUAAACUUAUCAAAACCGUGGAUAAACAAAGAAAGUCUGUCACUACCAGCCAAAGCAAUAUAAAAUUGAAAUACCAAAAAACAAAUAUUAAAGCCAAAACUAAAUUGCAGGAAACUCUUGGCCAAAAUGUUUUAAAAUCCUCUAAUAACUUAAAUCUAAAACAAACUAACCCCCUUAAGCCUGUUAAAACCAAAGAUAUACAAUUUCCCCUUAAAGGAAAUCAUGAAGUUUUCUUGCAGCAAUUAUCCGUUAACAAUUCCUUUAGAAGUCCAGCAAAAACUCCAACUACAGAAAACAUAAAUGGCAAAAUAUUUAAUGGCCCAAAGCUAAGAAAAACACCCAAUAAAGAAAAUCAAGAAAAUAAUACUCCUCUGAUUAAUAUAAGAAAUAUUAAAAAAGAAAAGUUAACCCCAGUUGGCAGUUUUAUAAACACGGAUAGAGGUGAAAAAACUCCGGUAAAAAGGGAACAAAUAUUUUUGAAACAAAGUCCUAAAACGCAAGAAAAACAGGAGUCUUUAAAUCACAACACAACUCCUGCAAAAGCAAACAAAACUGCUCAGGAAAGAAAAUUCAAAGAAAGUCCUAAAACCCUAGAAAAACGAGAGAAAUCGGAAACUCAAAAAACACCUACAACACAAAAGCAGAAAACGCCCCUACUACAAAAACCAGAAGUUAUAAAACAAUCACCUAAAUCUCAAGAAAAACAGCAACACAAUAAAACACCCAAAACACCAGAGAGACAAUCACCCAUAAACAGACAAGCAACAAGUAAAAGUCCUAAAAGGGACAGCAACACUAAAACGAAUGAAAAACCUAACUCAAAUCCCGCAACUUCUCCCAAACAACAAACUAAUGCAAAUUCCCUAAAAACUCCCUUAACCACUCCACAAAGAUUGAGAAAUGUUUCCAUAAAACUACAAAGAUAUACACCCGAUAAACUUUCCAACAAUGUAACAAAAGCACAAACAAAAUCUUUAGAAACUAAACAACAAUCAAAUGAAGAACGCACUAAAAACUUAAUGGAACAUUUUAAAUUACCCAGUGGUAUAAGUUUAACAAAAAUAAACCCAAAAAAUUCUAACCAGCAAGACAAUCAAUCUGUUAUAGUAGAAACCCCUAUAAAGCCCACCUAUUGUCAGCAAAAUUUUUCAGAAUCUAGCUUAGAACCUAUAGAACAAGAAGAUCCACAAAAAGAACCACCAAAUGAAGUACAAUUUAGUCUCGUAGCAGCACAAAAUCAAACUAUAAAUCAUCUAAAGAUGGAAGCCAUCAAUUCUAAACUAAGACAACGUAAAGCCUCUAUAGACAUAGUACCCUCACCCAAUCUGGGAAAUAAUACAGAACCCAAGCAACCUUCUGCCAGCAAAACUCCUCGUCAUAGUAAUUUAGAUUACAAAAGUUAUGCUGUUAAUCGUUCGGCCCGCAAAAAAGAGGUGCUCCAACGUAUGCGUCACAUUAAGAAGCAAAUAUUUAAAUCUAUAGUAAGUGGUGAGGGUGUAACUAAGGUCAAUCGUUUACAAACUUCUCCUCUUGUCAAACAACAGAAAAAACGUAAAAUUCUUAUAGAAAAUGUACAAAUACUACCCAAUCUGAAGAAGGAAACAAUUACACCUUUAAUAAAUCCUUUCAAUGAUUUUAAAAAGCCUUUUGUCAACAAUACUUCUAGUACUAAUACUGCUACUGGAACACAUACUAACUCAGUUUCGCCUAAAAAUAUGCCUGACGAUCAAAAGCAAGCAAAUAUAGCAUUAAAUAGUUCGAAUUCUUCGAUUAAUGAUGAUGAAAAAUUAAUUAAGAAAUCAUUAAAGAGACGAGCUACUUCACCUUUGCUGAAUGAAAGCGAACAGGUUAAACGCCAACUUACUUCUACGGCGAAGGAAGAAGAAAAAGUGGUGGAAUUGGAGAAAACACAACUGGAUCUUUCGGAAAGUGUUGUGGACUUUUUACAGCGCGAUUUAAGACCAAAUCGUUUAAAUGUCGAUAGUUUCCUCAACGAAGAAUUGCCAGUUGACGAUAGUGCACCCAAUGAAACUUCUAUGGAAUCAAAUGCAAAAGAUACAAAACUUGAAGAAAAAUCUCAAGAAAAAGAAACCUCCAGUAAUAGUAAUUUAAUAGAUGAUAUAUUAGAACAAGUGGAUAAUGAACAAAAACCAAAUGACAAAACUGAGAAUGGAAACAACACAAACAAGGAUACAAACCUAAACAAUAAGAAAGAAGUUUUAGAUUUUGAUGAAUCUAAAGAUAUAAAUUUAUUGGCUAAAUUUGGGUUAAAAGUUAUAAAAUUACCCGGCAUAGAAGAUGAUGUAACUCUAGAAGAACGUGAUGACAUGAAUGAAAAAGCCAAUAAAUUUGCCAACAUUUAUAAGAAUUUUCCCAGAAUUUGGUCAACGAAAAAUAGUGAAAGUGUUACCAUGAAAGAAGAUUUAAGUAUAAGUUUCCAGAAGCUGUUGAUAGAAACUAAUCUGGCGUUUAAAUUAGAUUUAACCCUGGUGGAAAUUAAACGUUUGACAAAUCUUAUAAACAUUUGGUAUACACACAACUUUAAUAGUAAACUUAUAGAGAAACGUAAAAUUUCAGACUCAAUUAACCGUUAUUUACUUAUCUUUCACUUUAUACCCAAGACCAUUAAACGUUUCUAUUAUUGUGAGUAUUGUGAAGAGCCUUUCAAUACAGAACAUAAAUAUUUUACACAUCGCAUAACACAUACGGGUGCCCUAUUUCCCUAUACAUGUCAAAAAUGUUCGUUAGGCUUUAAAACGGCAAAACAUUUAAAAAAUCAUGAAUCCUCAUGUAAUAUUACAAUUAAUGUUAUGAGAACUAAAUUAGAUGUUAAGACAUCACAAGCUACUUACGAAAAAGCUAUAGGCGCUCAUAAAUGUCUGAUGUGUAAGGAAAUAUUUUCAUCUUCCGAGCUGUUAUAUGAACAUAGUAAGACACACUUAAAGACUGUUUAUAAUUGUGUCAAAUGUGAAUUGGUAUUUGCCUCUGCCAUAGAUGUACAAAAUCAUAUGGCUGUUUGUAACACCGUUACGAAACGUAUACCAAAACAAUGUACCCCUAGGCCAGCUAAACAAAAAAUUUAAGUAAACUUUAGGUUUUGUGAUUAUUUUAGAUUUUAUUUUUUAUAUCUUCUUUUUUAUACAAAAACUGUAUAAUUUUUU